AUGAAGUAUAUUCCGAGCAACAGCUUGAAGAGGCUUUUCUCGUUUGGGAAACGCGGGUUUGGGGAAGAAAACGAUGUGAGGUUGGUGGCUCCUUCAUGUGAAGAGCACCCUCCAAGACCCUCUUGGAAAUGCUUCUCCUAUGAAGAGUUGUUUGAUGCCACCAAUGGUUUUAGCUCAGAGAAUUUGGUUGGGAGAGGAGGGUAUGCAGAGGUUUAUAAGGGAACGUUGCGUUGUGGUGAGGAAGUUGCAGUGAAGAGGCUCACGAAAACUUCAACUGAUGAGAGGAAGGAGAAGGAGUUUCUCAUAGAGAUUGGCACCAUUGGUCACGUGCGCCAUGCCAACGUGUUGCCUCUUCUGGGGUGUUGUAUUGACAAUGGACUUUACCUCGUUUUUGAGCUAUCCACCGUUGGUUCUGUUGCUUCUCUUAUUCAUGAUGAGAACUUACCUCCUUUGGAUUGGAAAACAAGGUAUAAGAUAGCUCUUGGAACUGCACAUGGCCUUCACUACUUGCACAAAGGCUGCAAGAGAAGGAUAAUUCAUAGGGACAUCAAGGCCUCAAACAUUUUGUUAACAGCAGAUUUUGAACCAAAGAUAUCUGAUUUUGGACUAGCAAGGUGGCUUCCAUCUCAGUGGACUCACCACUCAAUAGCCCCAAUAGAAGGCACAUUUGGGCAUUUGGCGCCAGAGUACUACUUGCAUGGAGUUGUGGAUGAGAAGACAGAUGUAUUUGCCUUUGGUGUGUUCUUGCUUGAAAUCCUUUCUGGGAGGAAACCAGUGGAUGGAUCUCACCAAAGCGUGCACAGCUGGGCUAAACCAAUACUAAACAAAGGGGAGAUAGAAAAGGUGGUAGAUCCAAGGCUUGGAGGGGCUUAUGACGUGACUCAGUUUAGUAGGGUAGCCUUUGCUGCCUCCCUGUGCAUCCGGGCAUCUGCAACUUGCAGACCUACCAUGAGUGAGGUAAUGGAAGUAAUGGAGGAGUGGGAGAUGGAUAAAGAGAAGUGGGAAAUGGCAGAGGAAGAAGAGCCAGAGGAGGAGUUAUGGGAUUUUGAGGAUCUGGAAUUUGCUUAUGACAGUUCCUUUUCAAUGUCAAUACCUGACUCCAUUAGAAGUACUUAG